AUGCCUCUUUUACAAGGCCUCUUCAGGUCUAAGCCCAAGUCCAAAGAUGCUCAAACCCCUCGAGCCCGGGCAUGGCCAAAUCUGCGCCGCUGGAAUUCAGUUAUUACCCCACUUGGACGUACUGAACGAGGCUCUACCUUGAUGAGGGAAGAAGUCGAGGCAACAACCACGGAAGAAACUGAAGUGGUUGUACCUCAAUCGGUCGUUCCUAAAGCUCCAGUAGUCGUUCCGGUGGAAAAGGGUCACUCGCAGCAUGGCUCUAAGCGUCUGAAGGGUAUCAUCAUGUCGCGUCUUCAUCUGAGCAGAUCCGAGGCUCGCAGUCAAAGUUCGAUGUCCGAACUGGAACUCCCUCCACCCUUGUUGAAGAUAAAAUCCCCUCCGGUCGCGGCGAAGGUCAAACUCCCUCCACCCAUGGUGAAGAUGCCGACUGUUUACAGGUCACCAUUGAAUAGCAAUGGAAGCCUACCCAGUAUCCCGAUUAACGAUGAUCCUUCUGGCCCUUCUGGUUCUGGGACACGGAAUGUCAGCACUCAGACGAUGAUGUCCCAGGUGUCGGCGACCACCGAUAGUACCAUCCGUCGCCAUCCAUCACUGCAUGCGCCAAUGCCAAUUCAGGAGCUGGAUGAAAGCGACUUUCUCUGGUCAAACCUAGUGAAUUUCAAUCUUGACAGGGUGUCUGCGGGCCAUGCGAAUGAAUCUUCAGACCCGUUUUCUGAUGACAAGGAAGUUGCUGUCGAGCCACAGUCCGUUGCAGCCCAAUAUGCGUCCAAUUUGUACGAAAGCCAGCCAGAUCAUGAUCAGGGACCGCCUGUGACACCGACUAAUGUCUCUAAAUCGCACAACCACCAAAAUUCUCGCAAGCGCCGUCAGAUCAGCGCUGGUGGUAGUGAUACGAGUCGUUGCAGUCAAAUGUGCCGAUUAAACCCGAAGAAGGCCGUUGUCGCAUUCAACAUGCUGGCAAGCCAGUUGAACGUCCCCAUUACCAUCCCUCCGAAUGACCCAACGACUGUCACCGCUGCGAACACAAUGAUUGAGGGAAACAACCAACCUACGUACCGGGGGCUGUUUAACCUUAUACGGCCCGUUCAAUCAAGCAUGGCACUGGGGGAUUCUUUCCAACCACUGCCUGAGAAGGCGACUAACAAGCUUCGUCGAAGCAAGACGUUUUCCAACAUCGGUCGCCGUGCAAGGCCGAUGAGCUCUCUGCGAGGCAGAUCCCUGGAGAACAUUGCCCGCCUCGGAGGACAUAGCUACCUGAUUCUUCCGAAUGACCUUGCGCCGGCUCCCUUGCAACUGCCUGUGUGUAUCGUGGCGCCUGUGCUGUACCUGCGCCAGUCUGGUACUUUUUCUGCUGAGCUUUUUAUUAAUCCCGGUAACAUGAAGGCGGCCGUCCGCCUUUAUGAUCACUUCGCGAGCCAAGUGUUGUCGGUGCAAAACGACGAAAAGAUCGCGAUGACUAUGCGGGUGGUUGGAAUGCCCCACUGGGAGACGGGAUCUCCCAGUACUACGCCCGUGCUCAGUGUGGGGUUGGUGUUCAAGGAACUACUGGCAGGAUUACCCGACGGCAUACUUGGAUCUCUUCCACUUUACCACGCUCUACAGGGUGUCAAUCGUGCAGCUCCUGAGAAUCCUGCCCGAGCUCGACUGAUCACCCUUGCCAUCGUGGCGUUCACCAGUGAGAUGCAGUGUGCACUUAUUUGCGCUGUCUUUGGGUUCCUGUCAGGACUGGUUAGUAAAGCGGAGCAUUCCGCCGAAGCUCAGGAUGCCGGGACAUCAGACCGAGUAGUGGCCACAUUGGACUCUGCAGGAUUGGUGCGGACAUUUGGGCCGUUGUUGGUUGGUGUUCAGCAAUCCGAUCCGCAGCGCCAAGUGGAACAAGAAGUUGAGGAUAGUCGGGUGAUGAAGAUGCUGCUCGGUGACUGGCGGGAGGUGAAUCGCCAGAUGCGAAACUGGACAAGUGGAUAUUCCAGGAGGAUUCAUGUUUGA